AUGCCUUCUCCCAAUGAAAAACCCGAUAUCACAGCCCUCCUACUGAAAGCAAUCACCAAGGAAUCCAUCUUCCGCCUGGUAGAUCUUCUACGAGACAUCAUCAAACACAGCCCAGAGGGUCGUAAAAUUGCCUCAAAAUGGCUACUAGCAGCAAAGGACGAUGCGAAAUCCGAGCCAGUUCCCACUGCUCCCGUUGCAUCUGGCCAGUCCGCCAAAGAAGAGUCCACCGAGCCUACGGCUAGUAUCCCAAUGACAUCCCGUUUCGAAACAUGUCUCUAUUGUCUGAAAAAGUUCGAUGUCACUAAAAACUCAGCGACAAGUUGCAGAUAUCAUGUUGGCCCCGACAUGAUCGACGAAGAAUUCUUCAGGGAUGAGAUUAUCGCUGGGGUUGAUGUUGACAAUGAGGAAUGUCGUGAGGCUUGGCCGGAGAAGUUCUCCUAUACUUGUUGUGGAAGGGACUUGCUUGAGGAGGUUUGUCAGGUUGGUUGGCAUAAGGUUGCGAAGCGUCCUAGCAAGAGAGUUAUUCCGGAGGAGGUUCGAUGGGGUUAG